CAGACCUUCAAGCGUGGUUCUCACGCGACCCCGUCUCCAGCCUGCCUGCUAUCAACAUGAUCCCGCUUUGACGCCGGCCGAUUCACUCGGCCAACAUCUCUUCAGAACCUAGCUGGGCGGCUGAACUUUGAAGAUGUUAGGACUCUGUGAGCUUGAAUCCGCGGCCCUUGAUGUCAUAAGCAUAUUGAAGGGGCUACCACAAUUUGCUGAGCAGAAGAUUGCUGUUAUUGGAGGCACGGCUCUUUGGAAGUAUCUACCACGUGGCCGGUCAACUGAGGACGUUGACUUUAUCGUGACUCUCGACGGGCCCAAGAGUAUCAAACCGAUCCUUCUUAAACUUAAGAACAGCCCUUUUGAGGAGCGCGCACAGUGGUUCUACUACCGCACGCCGGCAACGAAAUUGAUACAAAUUGAUUUUGUAGCGCAAUGGCAGGCCCCAUACUUUCCAUCAGCAGCCCAAAAGAUCAAGGAUAUCCCAAGGGGAAUAGUUCCCAUGAUUUCCCCGGAGGACUUGGUGUUAUCAAAGAUGUUUUCUUGUGGUUUGCGCGCAAACCCGCGUCAGAAAAGGCGCGACGCAGGAGAUGCAGAAGACCUUUUGGAAGCACUGACCGCAAAGGUGCCAUCUUUACGGCUCUCUGACGCUAAAAUUGAGGUCGCAAAGCAGGGCUUGGCUGAUGUCUUGUCUGUGUCUGAGAGAGGCGAGGCGUGGUGGCGCUCGAAGCUUGGGAUUCCUAAAUCUCCUAGUCCAAGCCCGAGUCGCGUUGUUUCGAGUGCUUCGUCGGCUUCUCGGGGAGGUAGCUCUGGACAGAGAGGAAGUCCUCGAGAAUCGGCCAGUAAGGGUUCACCUCGCAGAUACUACUGAUUUCCUCCCGACUUGGGAUCAUGAAAGGUGGAACACAACGCGAUCACAGUUGACGUUGUAAAUUUUGCCCAGGUGGCAAUGACUGGAUGUCACUGUGUUACAUGUGCUCGAAACUUGUACAUUGUUUGGUAUGUGAAAAUCGGGCUACUCCUCUAGCGUGCUCUUAAUAAUGGCGUUUGUUCAAUUGUAUUGAAAUUGAGUCCAUCGUUCCCUCGCUUGUGUGUGACAUGGUUGUGUAUAGGGAGAGUUAAGGUCAGCCUCCAACGCACGCCGGAAACGAUCUGAUUAGAUUGCAAGGCCCUUGGCAGUCAUAGAUUAUCAUUGCAAUCCGAAGCUAUUUUCAAUCAUUUUCAGCCCUCGUUAU